CCAACAACUCUUACGAACACCACAAACCCACCUAAGCCACUCAACAGUCAACACCAAAGCAGUUUUUCCGUUCACAAUUUCACCGUUAUUUUCUCCGCGCGCCGGUUACCGUAUUAAGACCUCUCUCGCUUUCAAUACUGUGUUAAAGACUUGAAAUAUAGUCGUUGCUUGUAAAUACUGAGCCCAACGAGCAUUGCCCUUUAAUUAGUUCCCACAUUUUUUAUUACUGAAAUUCUUCAAGGAAAACCCAUACCUGCUUUUCUGGGCACUUUUCCAGUGAGCAUUGUUCAAAUUCAUUAGCUUUUUGUCACAACAAACAGAGUAGAGUUCUGCUGCGACUGGUUUUCUGUUCAGAUCUGGAAAACUCAGGGAGGAUUACACUCAAAAGGAGGAGCUCGCGGAAACAGCUCGUUUAACGCUCUCCAAGUGCUAGAUAGGUUCCACAGCAAAGGAAAUGCGAGCUCUUUGUGUUCUCUGGUACAUUCUUUUUCUGGGUGUGUUUAUCUUUCAAGGAAAUGCUGACCCAGUUGAGGACAAGCAAGCAUUGCUUGAUUUUGUGAACAAUCUCCCUCACUCUCGCUCUCUCAACUGGAAUGAGAGCUAUCCUGUGUGCAAUCAUUGGACUGGAGUGACCUGCAGUGAAGAUGAAUCUCGUGUAAUUGCAGUUAGAUUGCCUGGUGUUGGAUUUCAUGGCUCAAUCCCUCCCAACACCCUUAGCCGUCUAUCAGCUUUGCAGAUUUUGAGUCUCAGAUCCAACGGUAUUAGUGGAUUUUUUCCUGAUGAUUUUUUCAAGCUGAAAAACUUGUCCUAUCUUUAUUUGCAAUUCAACAACUUCUUUGGUCCACUGCCCUCUGAUUUCUCUGUUUGGAAGAAUCUCACUAUUGUAAAUCUAUCUAACAAUAGAUUUAAUGGUACCAUCCCUUAUUCCCUUUCAAAUUUGACUCAAGUUGUGGCUUUGAAUCUUGCCAACAAUUCCCUUUCUGGAGAGAUACCAGAUCUUCAAUUGCACAAUUUGCAAAUGAUAAAUUUAUCCUACAAUUAUUUUACUGGUCCUAUUCCGAAGUCAUUGCUAAGGUUUCCUAGUUCAGUGUUUGCCGGUAACAAUGUGUCCUACCAGACUUCUCCUCCUGAUGCUUCUCCAGUUGUUGCCCCUCCUGGUGAACCAAAGCCGAAAUCUAAGAAUGCUGGAAAGGUUCAUGAAGUAGUGCUGUGGGGAAUUAUAAUUGCUUGUUCUGCUCUCGGGAUAGUGGCAUUUGCAUCUUUCAUAGCUGUUUGCAUUGUGAGAGUAAAUAAGAGGGAUGAGCUGCCGAGGAAGUUGCGAAAGGGAGACAUGUCACCGGAGAAAGCUGUUUCAAGGAAUCAGGAUGCAAAUAACAGAAUGAUUUUCUUUGAGGGUUGUAGUAACUAUGCAUUUGAUUUGGAGGAUUUGUUAAGGGCUUCUGCCGAGGUACUGGGGAAGGGAACCUUUGGUAUUGCAUAUAAGGCAACCCUAGAAGAUGCAACCAAUGUAGUGGUGAAGAGGUUGAAGGAAGUGAGUGUUGGGAAGCGGGAUUUUGAGCAACAGAUGGAAAUUGUAGGAAGUAUUAGGCACGAAAAUAUCGUUGACCUGAAGGCCUAUUAUUAUUCCAAAGAUGAGAAGCUGAUGGUGUAUGAUUAUUACAGUGAAGGAAGUGUCUCUUCGAUGCUCCACGGUAGAAAGGAAGAAGAUCGGAACCCUCUUCACUGGGAUACCCGAAUCAGAAUUGCUAUUGGUGCAGCAAGAGGUAUUGCACGCAUCCAUGCAGAGAAUAGUGGGAAGCUUGUCCAUGGCAACGUUAAGUCCUCGAACGUCUUUCUCAACUCCCAACGGUAUGGUUGUGUGUCUGAUAUUGGUUUGGCAACCAUAAUGAGCCCACUUGCCACACCUAUUUCACGUGCUGCUGGAUUCCGAGCCCCAGAAGUAAUGGACACCCGAAAAGCGACUCAGCCUUCUGAUGUCUACAGCUUUGGGGUUGUGCUACUGGAGCUUCUCACUGGGAAGUCACCCAUCCAUACUACUGCUGGUGAUGAGAUUGUCCACUUGGUCAGGUGGGUUCACUCAGUAGUUCGGGAGGAAUGGACAGCUGAAGUGUUUGAUCUGGAACUAUUGAGGUAUCCAAAUAUUGAGGAAGAGUUGGUGGAGAUGUUACAGAUAGCCUUGUCUUGUGUGGUAAGGAUGCCAGAUCAAAGACCUAAGAUGGCAGAUGUCGUGACAAUGAUUGAAAAUGUCCGACGGAUUGAUCCUUAAAGCAGCCAUCUUUUGGAAAACAGAUUGGAGAAUUUGACAACAACUCGCUAGAGCUUGGGAAGAAUCCUGAAUUUUAUUGUGAACGAAUGUCCACCGCGUCUUUUUUUUUUUUGCCUUUUUUAACUAUUGAAUCAUCCUGUUUUGGAUGGUGAAAGCAGCAUCUAAGGGUGUUUUGCCUCUCCAAGGGAACAAGUUAAGAUAUAUUUUUGUCAUUUUUAUCCUAGUGAGGUAGAGUUGGAUCAGGCUAGAUAUUGAUUUAUCAGUUGGCUAUUGAUAUAAUUUAUAUGUAAAGCCUUGAUUGAAAGCAAUUGAAGCAAUUAGCUAGAAGAAGAAG